AGUUGACACCCAGUCCACGAAUUUGACCCAUCAGGCUCUCUCCUCCAUGCAUGCCGGGUUGAAUUAGGCUGGGGAGACCAAGUGAAGAUCUUCUUCCGUCCCAUAUCCAAGAGCCGCAGCGAAGGUCUCCCAUGCAGCUGCAGCCCCGUUAGUGGGAUAUAAUCCUUUUCGCCUUCAUCAUAAGUAGUGCUGGUUCCUCGCUACCCCCCGGCGUUGUCGUAUCGGUCGUUAAUUCUCGGCUUCCAGCUCCAUGCAACAAUGGAAUGAACCAAACCAAUCCAGAGAAAAAAAAAUAUCAGUCAAUCAUUUACCCGAGUUAAGAUACUUCACUCUCGUAUCGUGCCGUAUAAUUUCUAGACUUGUGUGCAAUUUCUGCCUCUCCAACCACAGACAGACCAUCGCCACCAUGUCGAAGAUGAACUCGCUCUCCAAGGCCCUGGAGAAGGUCAAUCUCAACGAUGCCGCCAAAUCAACCAGCAAAGCCAAACCCCAGAGGAAAAAACAAGCCCGAAAGGGUCCCGUGGAGCCAUUUCGCUUCUUUGACCUCCCCUCAGAAAUUCGUCUACGCAUCUACGGCUUCGUGCUCUUCACGCCCCGGCGCAGACGCACCCCACGAACCACCGGCAAUGUAGGCGCCUCAUCCAAACGAAACCCCCCGCUCUCUCCCACUUCGCACCGAGUCGCCCUGUUCCUAACCUCCCGGCGCAUGCACAAUGAAGCUUCCGAUUAUUUCUACGCCACCCAGACCUUCCGUCUGUUUCAUAUCCAGGAUUACUCGCGCAUGCCGACCAUUCGCGCCAUCGCGCCCCAGUACCGCCCCUCUAUUGCCACCAUCGAAUUAAUCUUGGGUUCGAGCUGGACGGCACCACCCCGCGAAUGGACCGUCACCCGCAGUCUGGGUCUGGAGGAGAUGGUCCGGAUCCGCACCUUCAAGGUGUUCAUCGAGUGUGACCCGUCGCAUCCGGUAUUCGAGGGUUUCCGGGUCUCCAAGGACUACUAUACAGAUUUUGCGGGCGAUCUGCUGAGCGAGGUGCUGUCGAAACUGCCAAAUCUGGAAUAUGUCGAGUUUGAUGCGUGGCCGUCGGUGCGGAAGAGCGGGGCGCUGAUGAAGCGGUUGAUGGAGGAGGUCAGGACAGCGGGGAGGAAAAUUGCCUGGGGACCUGAACGCGGCUGGACGGAUUACGAUGGAGAGGAAUUCAGUGACGAUGUGUACGGCAUUAAGGCGCAUGAGAAGGCGCAAGAAAGGGCGCAACAGGAGAAGGCUCAGCUGAUAAAGGCUCAAGAAGAGGCAAGGGAAUUGGCCCGCUUGAAUGGGUUCUCACCGCAGACGCUGCCGGUGCCGCUACUGAGCCCGUACCUUUAUGAUUGAUCUACGAUGCUAUGAACACGAUGCUGGGUUUGGAUUAGUUUUACAUCUGCGGGACGGCGCGGGGUUAUGAUUCCACGUUUCUGGGCUAUGCUUACAAUAGAUGUAUAUAUAUCAACUAUAUAGAUGAUUUAGAGGAUAGG